AUGUCCAUCUUCAUCUCUUUUGAAGGAUCCUGUGAGCGCUUUCACAUCCCUCACGAAGAGACUGUCAGCAUCAUAAAACAGAUGAUCAAGAACUAUUUCUGCAUGCCACACCUGGACAGCCAGCAGUGGCGCUACAUCCUGGAGCUGAGUUACAGUGGUGCUGUCCUCCAGGACAGCUGGUGUCUGGCUGAUGUGGGCAUCUCCUCGGGCAGCACACUUCACUGUGAGCUUAAGGAAGAGACCAAGGCCAUUGUGCACGUGUUUAACUUCGUGACCAGGGAGACACUGUCUCUCGUGGGCACAGAGAUUCACCUGAGCUCCCCCGUGUCCAGACUGAGGUCUCUGGUGUCUGUGCGGUGCGGUCUGCCGGUCAGUGCCUUCAGACUGACCACUAAAACUGGCACAAAGCUGUACGACUGUAACACGCUAGAAGAUUAUGUCACUGAAGUGGGGUCUACUCUACACCUAAAAGCUUGGGAUGGCUGGGGAGAGUUUCUCAAAGCUUGCUUUCGAGGACACAAACAAACAGUGCAGCGGUACCUUUCAGAGGAAACACCAGUGCUCAGGUUUCAACAGCGGGUGGCGCUGUACAUCGCUGCCUCACAGGGCCAUCUGGAGCUGGCCAGCUGGCUGAUCGGGAGAGGGGAGCACGCGGAGCAAGCGGUGGGCGUCCACCCCUACAGAGAGUGGUGUCAUGAGACUGACCACCUGGAAACCACCAAGAGCCCGGUUCACGUUGCAGCGGAGACUGGCCAGCUCCACAUCCUCAAGCUUUUCGUCAGGAGCAGUGUCCUAACUCUGAGCUGUCGGGACCCCCUGGGCCGAGAUCCAAUCCAGAUAGCCCUAAAGAAUAGGCACAAGAAGUGUGUAGCUCACCUCGUAACCAAGCUGUGGUCAGUGGUGUCUUUUCCUGACUUUGUUAUACCUAUGAAGAUCUACAUUCUCAUUAAAAGUUGGAUAUGGAGGGUACAAAGAAGAGUUACUAAUGAAGGUGUAGGUCAUGGAUGCACAUAUAGAACCAGGGUGGGGGACACAGUUCUAGUGGAUGGCUUCACCCUCCCGAAGUUGUCCUUUAAUGUCAGCAGGGAUAACUCCACAAGGUUGUGGGCCCCAGCGACAUCCUGUGUGCGUCCAGCUCUCACAACAGACAACAGCCCUUCCUGUCCAUCUCAUCCUCCCACCAGCUCGACGUCCCAGAAUGCACCAGCGCGGCUGCCACAGCUGCAUCCUCCUACCGCGAGCCGCAGAGGAGAAAAGAAGCGCAUCAGGAGGAAGGGAGCCGCAAGAAAAGGGUCAAAGGAAAUCCCAGAUCCUGCAAAUAGCAAUCAGAGCGGGAACACGUGGAAGAGCAGGGUCCCACUGCCCCCUGUUUCCAGAGACGUCACCCCUCGGCCCCUGUUCGUCUACACUUCCCCCGACUCGGCGCAGCUUCUCUCUGCACCACUGGAGUCCUUCUCUCAGCACUGUGGGCGCACUACAAGGGAAAAUGCUAUUUAUUGUUUAGCCCUUGCUAGUGAAUUUACAGAAAAGCCGUGGCUUCAGCAGUUGAGGGUGGCUCGCAGCCUGGCCAGGAGAAGCAUGCACAAAGUCUUGUAG